AGGCACCAUGGGGUCAGGGGGUGCCCCAUAACCCCCUCCGGGGUGCUGCCCCCCACCCCAGGCAUGCGACAGCAGGAGGAUCUGGGCACCCAGUACCGCUCUGUCAUCUACACGCUGGGUCCCCAGCAGCAGGCAGCUGCUCUACGCAGCAGGACGAGGUACCAGCAGGAGUUGAGGGGGUGGCAGCGAGGGGACAUCACCACUGUCAUCGAGCCGGCUGGUGACUUCUACUACGCCGAGGACCGUCACCAGCAGUACCUGCACAAGGUGCCCGGGGCCUCCUGUG